CAAAGAGCCGAGCUCGUUCCUGACAGCGCUAUCCAAGAAAGACUUUGAAAACGAAAUGACGCAGGUCUCGAGCCUGCGCGGGUUGUUCAGGGGUACUCUGUGAACCGGAGCGAUCCCCCACUCUCCUCAGAGGCCCGUUGGUUCGCGCCGGCGCCUUUUAAGGGCUCCGUGGGGCGAACGGAGCGCUCAGAGCUGCUCCGGCCGCGGCCCUGGGAGCUAGAGGAGCCGCGGUGACCGAGGUUGGCAUACAACCAGAUAGAUAGACCCGAUCGCCGCCUUUGUCUUAAUGAUAUCACUUGUGGCCUUCUGAGGCUUUGUAGAGCAACAAAUGGGAGGGGUGAGAAACAGCAGCCUAUAUGGACUCCUGGUUUGUACAGACCAAAUGACUCAGCAGGCAUGACUGGAGAGGGAAGUCCCAAUGGUGCUAGAAUGGUGCUGCAGUGGCAGAAGACGGCUCACGAGUGAGGUCUGGAAGAACGACAGGGAAGACAUCCAUCAUUUGCUCCAAAGUGUGCAAGUCAAAUCCUGGGGAGAAUCAUGAUAACCUUGAUCACUGAGCAGCUACAGAAGCAGACUCUGGAUGAGCUGAAAUGCACACGCUUCAGCAUCAGUUUGCCUUUGCCUGAUCAUGCAGACAUCUCCAACUGUGGGAACCCUUUCCAGCUUGUGCCUGAAGGUGCUUCCUGGAGGGGCCUGCCCCGCUGUUCCUGUGCCAAGUUCCAGGACAGCCUCAACCUCAGCUACCAUCCCUCAGGCUUGAGCCUGCACCUCAGACCACCCAGCCGGGGAAGUUCCCCACCAGAGCAGCCCCUCUCCCAAAUCCUAAGCCCUGAGCCCCCAGACCCAGAGAAACUUCCUGUGCUCCCUGCCCCUCCAUCCAAGAGGCACUGCCGCUCACUUUCAGUGCCCGUGGACCUGUCUCGCUGGCAGCCGGUGUGGCGGCCUGCCCCCUCCAAGCUGUGGACUCCCAUCAAGCACCGGGGCAGUGGUGGAGGGGGUGGGCCGCAGGUGCCUCACCAGAGCCCCCCGAAGCGGGUCUCCAGCCUCAGGUUCCUCCAAGCUCCCAGUGCCUCUUCUCAAUGUGCCCCAGCCCACAGACCCUACAGCCCCCCUUUCUUCAGCCUGGCCCUGGCCCAAGAUUCCCCUCGACCCUGCGCUGCCUCCCCCCAAAGUGGCUCCUGGGAGAGUGAUGCUGAGUCCCUGUCACCUUGUCCACCCCAGCGCCGCUUUUCCCUGUCACCCAGCCUGGGCCCACAGGCAAGCCGCUUCUUGCCCUCUGCCCGGAGCUCCCCCGCAUCUUCCCCUGAGCUGCCCUGGCGACCUCGAGGCCUCCGCAACCUUCCUCGAAGCCGCUCACAGCCUUGUGAUCUGGAUGCCCGCAAAGCUGGAGUCAAGCGGCGCCAUGAGGAGGACCCCCGGCGGCUGCGGCCUUCCUUGGACUUUGACAAGAUGAAUCAGAAACCAUACUCAGGAGGUGUCUGUCUCCAAGAAAUAGCCCGGGAAGGCAGCAGCAUCUCUCCACCGUGGUUCAUGGCCUGUAGCCCUCCACCCCUCUCUGCUUCCUGCAGCCCCAUUGGGGGUUCCUCCCAGGUGCUGAGUGAAAGCGAAGAGGAGGAGGAGGGGGCCGUACGGUGGGGGCGGCAGGCACUGAGCAAGCGGACACUGUGCCAGCAGGACUUUGGGGACCUGGACUUGAAUCUGAUUGAGGAGAACUAAAACUGAGAGGCUACUUCCUGGGGCCACACAGACUGACUCUCUUAUGGCUACUAACAAGUGUUGAGGCCCCAAGACCAGGGGCCCAACCUGGGAAUGGGGUUGAGUGGAGGGCUCCGACUCAGGGCAGCCGGAAAUCUUCUCGCUCCAGGAAGCUCGACCAUGCCGAGAGACUGGCCGGGACAAGAUAAACGGAGCUGGUGGCGGGAGGGACAUCCCCAGAGCAGACCCUUCCCAUGGCGGCCCUGAGUGUGAGUAUCCCUGCCACCGAGAAAACAGUGGGCAGGGAAGGAAGGGGUCUGCUGACCCCAGCUCGGGGAAUUUCACUAGCCCCUUUGCUUCAAAGGGCACUUGUGUCUUAGAAUUUGGCCAGGGUGGGGGGUUCAUUCAGCCUCCUCAGAGAAAUUGUGUGAGAGUGUGUGUGUGCAUGGGAGUAUACUCGAGGAAAGAUAUGUUUGUGAAGCCUUAGGGAAGGAAAGCAGUUGCUCCUUAAUAGCGGAGCAUCAUGAUACCCCCAGGAUCUUAAGUUUUCACAAGACGGUGGGCUUGUUCAAGGCGUCAGAAGGAGGGUACCAAGUUUUCCUUUUUUCUAAGUAGCUCUGGAACCAGGCUUGUAAUCCAUAAGCACCACUGGCUCUGCAAAGGAUUCCGUUUGGGGGGUCCCGCAGGGUCUUUUAAGUGCUGUGACCUCAGCUAAUGGUCUUUUCCUCAGGCCCACCCCCCUCCCCUAGAUAGACUUAGUAUUGGGGCUGGAGAUGGCUCUCCACAUUGAUUCUGAGCUGGCUUUUUUUCUUAUUAGAUUGCCUAGGCUGUAUACAACCUGCCUCUCUAAAUAGAUGCAAACACAGGUGGGUAACUGAGGCAGGGUUGAGAGCUCCAUCUCUUUCCUUCUUUACUGAUGGGACCUUUUCUCCCUCACACGCUGACCUUCGAGGGUCAAGAACAAGGAAAGAAGGCCCCUAAUUGGUCCCCAGCAUCUAUUGAGGCAGCAGGAGCGGUGACAUUUAGUACCCAGCAGGCAUGGGUGAGCUCAUCCCAGCACUGCUCUUUGGAAGCAGACUGUAGAGAAACCUGUCGUUUUAAGAUCUGGGCCCAGUCUUUUCUGACCUGCUUGAGAAAAGAAGGGGAUGUCAGCAUUUACUAGUUUGCUUGUCUUCCACUCCUGCCAGGAAAUGUUUAUUUGCCUCUAAUUGGCCCUCAGAGACCUCAGGGAGGUCGGGGCUCACUGAGGGAUUGGCUGAGGAUGUGUAAAGCAAAGGCUGUGAGAAGCAGCUGGGAGUUUGUUGUUGUUGGAUUGAAUUUCCUUUUUUGUUUCUUACCCACAACUUGAGUCAGGGCAGCAGGUCCCAGUGGCCACAGUGAUAGGUUUAAGGACUGCGGGAGCCUUGGUAGGGCUGGCACCAGUGGAGAUGCAUACUGAAGCUGCCACAAUAGCUUGUGAGGCUUUGCCAGCUUUGGUUAGACCCUGCAUAAACAAAUUGGGCCUGCCCUUCCUAUUUAUUGGAAGAAGGGCAUUUUCUCUUUAAUUUCAGGGUGUAUUGGGACCCAAUUUCUCAUGUUAGAGGAGACCAAGUCUAUGUUUUCUUCCUUGUGGAAUUGAACCUAUCAUUUUCUGGGUCUCCCACAUGUCGGGUAGAAGGAUCAACCAGGUUCCAGCCUCCUUGCCUCUAGGCAAGGAGGUGGCCAUUUCUUCUCAAGCCUCUGGCCUUCAGAAGUUCUACCCUUCCAAGGCUCCUCUCCUUCUGCUAGUUAUCCUGUAUUACCAGUGAGCUACCAGGUCUAUAGAGGCCUGAGAGAGGCUCUCAGGGAAACUGUGAGCCCAGGAGGUGCCCAUUCUUGAUUUCAUCCCUCCCCUGGCUCUUCUCCCUCUUUAGGCCAUAAGUUCCCUGGUGCCAGCUUCAUUUCCUCCUGGGGCAUUCACAUCCCUGGGCACUUUGUUUCAGAUGGACUGUGCCAGCUUCCAAUAGGCCACUGACAAUACCAAUGGGGUCUCUGCAGGCCCUAAGCUGAAGAAGUGAGGGCAGUAGUUCCACUUCCAUCCUGGCUUCCCCAAAGCCCUAGGGCACCAUCCUUAGGGGAGAAGGUCUAAAGAUACCAUAUUUGAAUUCCAUUACUUUUAAGAUCUGGAAAAUUAAACUAGCUGGAACUAUCAUCUUGCUUCUCAAUCUAAGCACCCGUGGCCCUGAGACAAGCCUUUUUGAGAAGUGGUUCAUUUUGCUUUACACAAUAGAUCUGUUCCAACAGUUCUGUGUAAACCAAAUGCUAUUUUUCAAUGCAUUUGGACUGCUGACCAUUUAAAAGCAGCCUGUGAUUGCUUCUUUUGUAAAGCAAGCAACCUCCCUCUACUUUAGCUGUUUGACUAUUUGGAUUUUCACAUAUUGGGCUUACCCAGAGUGGAGUGCACCUCUGCAGGGCUGUGGUUGACGCUGGGUAGACAUCUGCAUCUGUGUUGUGUGUGUGGUGUGGCUGACCAGUAGGUGAGUAUUCCUGCGUGUGUGAGUGAAGCCACUCCCAGGCUGGUGCUCUCCUCUUGUGCCCGGUGACUGCCCAGUGGCAGCUCCAGCUGCCCUUCACUCCCACCUGCUGCCAAAGUCCCUGUGCUAAUGGGAUUACAAAUACAAAAAGUGGAAAAAAAUUUUUCGUAAACUUUGUUUUAUAUUAAAAAAAAAUCCAUAAGUCUGUGUGUGUGUUAAACAUGAGGUCCUGCCUCUGUGGCUGUGUUUGAAAAAAUAAAGUUUUAUUAGAAUAAUCCAUUUUCCCAAGCAA